AUGAAAUUUUUAAAUAUUCCUUUUGUUGUUAUUGCCACUACCAUAGGUAUUUCAUCAAUAACCUAUGCACAAGAUUGGGGUGGUAAUUAUGGUGGUGGAUAUGGAAAUGGUGACAUGGGUGGCUACAAUGGUGGAGGUUUUGGUGGUGAUAUGGGUGGUAAUUAUGGCGGUGGAUAUGGAAAUGGUGAUAUGGGAGGUUUUGGUGGUGGUGGUUAUGGAAAUGGUGAUAUGGGUGGUAAUUACGGUGGUGGUUUUGGUGGUGAUAUGGGAGGAUUUGGUAAUGGUUAUGGCGGUGGUAUGGGAAAUGGUUAUAAUGGUGGUUAUGGUGGUGAUAUGGGAGGUUUUGGUGGUGGAGAUAUGGGAAAUGGUUAUAAUGGUGGUUAUGGAGGUGACAUGGGAGGAUUUAACAAUGGAUAUGGAGGAAUGGGAGGUUUUGGCACUGGUAUGAGACCAAUGGGUUAUGAUAUGAAUAAUAGAGAUAAUGUACCUGGAAAUUUAUAUGGCGGUAUGAAUGAUCAAAAAUAA